CGCGGAGCACGUGUUGGUGAUGCUGACGAAGGCGGAGCGUCGGGCGGGGCUGUGGGCGCGGGCCGCGGAGUCCCUGCGCUCCCUGCUGCGCGGGGCGCGGCUGGGGCCCCGCCGCCCUCUCGCCCUGCACCUGCUCACCGACCCGCCCAGCGCAGCCCUGGCCCGGGGGACCCUCCGCCAACUCACCCAACACCACGACGGCCCCUAUCAGGUCAUAUUCCACGAUGUCAAUGAAUUGACCGAAAAACUCUUCCCACUAGUGGAGUCCAUGCAGAAGCACUUCAGCGCAGGCUCGGGAACCUACUACAGCGACUCCAUCUUCUUCCUCUCGGUGGCCAUGCAUCGGAUCAUGCCCAAGGAGAUUUCACGGAUAAUCCAGCUGGAUUUGGACCUGAAGCACAUGACCAACAUCCGAGAGCUGUUUGAGGAAUUUGACAAUUUUUCGGAAGGAAACGUCAUUGGAAUAGCCAGGGAAAUGCAGCCGGUGUACAGGCACACAUUUUGGCAGUUCCGGCAAGAGAACCCGAAGACGAGGGUGGGUGACCCUCCUCCCGACGGGUUGCCCGGCUUCAACAGCGGGGUGAUGUUGCUGGACCUGGAGGCCAUGCGCCAGUCCCAGCUCUACAACCAGCUGCUGGAACCCGCCCGGGUCCAGCAGCUGACCGAGAAGUACCACUUCAGAGGGCACCUAGGGGACCAGGAUUUCUUCACCAUGAUCGGCAUGGAGCACCCGGAGCUCUUCCACGUCCUGGACUGCACGUGGAACCGACAGCUCUGCACCUGGUGGAACGACCAUGGCUACAGCGACGUCUUCGAUGCCUACUUCCGAUGUGACGGCCAAGUCAAGAUCUACCACGGGAAUUGCAACACUCCCAUUCCCGAGGACUAGGGCUGCCUCCGGCCUUUCCCUCCCGGACUCGCGGUCGGCCCCGGGACUCCCGGUUUCUUCAGGAAGAGGAGUCGGAGGGAGCCUGGCUCGGGCCAACCGUGGAUUCCACCUCCUGCAGCCUGGGUCGCUCGGCCAGUCGAUCAUUUUACAGAAGCUCCUCAGCAAUGAGUUUGCAGAAGCUUCUCAGCCAGCCAGCUUCCGAAGCCCCUCAGCCGAUCGGCUUCCAGAAGCCCCUCGGGUACCCCAAGGUCUGUGCCUACUAGAAUUAAGACACUUUAGGGAUCUGCCAUCCAGCUGAUGCUUCUUGUGCCAUGCCACGGGCUACUCCGUGUGAUGGUGACAACACUUUACACAGAGCUUGACAUUCCAGAGGGGAAAAUUGCUAUUUAUUUUAGCUCCCAAAGAUGGGCCCAUCAUUCCUCUCCUCUUUCCUUCUCCCCAGAAGGCAGCAUUGCUUCAUUUAGGUCCGUGUUUCUCAAAAAUGGAAGGAGAAAUGGAGAAACCAUUGCUCUAAAGGAAGGUCUGCAUAUAAACCAGCUAUUCUCAAACCCCAGUUCAGCUGUUCUAACACCAAAGAGAUGAAUGUGUUACUAUCCAGUCUCUUUGAAUUGCUCAUACUGUCGAGUCAAAACUUUCAUUUUAGUCAUUGUUCUUUUAGCUUUUUGUUUCAAAACAAAACUACAAAGUAUAAAGCCACAGGUUUGUCAGCUUUGAAUUGCACAGCUGAGGCCCCAGGUGAAAAAAGGUUUUCUUUUUGUGGGUUUUUUGGUUUUAGUUUUGGGUUUGGGUUUUUUUUUUGGGGGGGGGGGAGCGGGGAGGAGUUCCUACCAUGACUGAAAAAUACAGCCAAUAAACAAUGCUAGGCAACAAGGUGAUUUAUGUCAUCCAUUCUUUGAACACUGAUUAACUGCAUGAAAAUUCCAAUCCAAAUAAUCUCCCAUUUUAUUUGAAUAUAUAUGUGAAGUAUUUUUAGCAUGCUUCUCUUUCAAGAUUGAAAUUUGAGCAGUGCUGUGGGGGAAUUUUGAAAUGUGGUAGAAUUCAUUUGAAGUAUUUCACCUAAAGGGAAGAAUGGAUUACUUCCUAGCAGUUAGUAGAUAAACCUAUUCCUGAAACUUAUAGAAAUUUGUGUCUUUUCACUCCAAAAUUAAAACUACCACCUUAUAUGUAGCAGUUUCCUUCCAGCUUCUCUGAUCAAAAUGGGAUUUUCUGGACUAAUCAUGAAU